AUGGCUUCAAAGACAACCUUUAUCCCGCGUUUCCUGCUCCCUCAGUAUGGACCUUUAUGGCGCACCACCGCUCGCAGCACCACCUUCGCAAGACCCCUCAACGCAGAACUCGGACAGGUGCUAGUGCGCUAUGCCUCCAAGACAGCGGCCUCGAAGCCGGUUGCGACCAAAGCAGCUACGGUAAAGAAGACUGCAGCAACGAAACUCACAGCUCCCAAGGCCGCCUCUACCAAAGCCACCUCUUCGAAAGCAAGCGCCUCGAGCACCUCGUCCAAAUCUGCUGCUGCGAAGGCCGCAAAGGCAUCUGCACCGACAAAACCUCCCACCAAGACUCUGUCUGCCAAAUCCACCGCGAAGGCCACUGCUGCGACAAGGGCCACAGCCUCCAAGGCCGCCAGCUCCCAAGCCGCCACGCCCAAGCCAAUAGCUGGUCAAGAACCAGAAGCCGAAGCCAUCGUAACCGAACCUGAAGUCCAAGCUGCCGCCGCACCGAAGAACGAAGCUCCUGCUAUCACGACACCCGCCGCAGCCGCGCCCCCCAAGGCCGCCGCCGUGGAUCCCUCGAAGCCCAUCGUGCUUGAGAAACCCGAGCGAUUCAACCCUCCGUCCCACGGCGCCAGACUGCCGCGGUCGACACCGAAGCACUAUGGCGGGCCCAUGACGACCGACGAGGUCAAGGCCCAGAGCGCAAAGUCGUACCCGGGUCUGCCGCCGGCGGAGAACACCUGGACGCAUUGGUUCAUCAACAGCCGCGGCGUCCACCUAUUCAUCACACUGGGUACGCUGAGUUCCCUGGCCCUAUACACCUUCGCGGCCAACUUCCGCAAAAAGUCGCCCUUCGCCGACAUGAUCCCCCCUAUCUCCGAGUUCCCCAGUCACCCGUUCCAGUACAUCGGCGUCUGCAUCGACGUCAUGCGCAUGACCGAGGAGCACGAGUCGGCCAUCACGGCCGAGAAGCGCCGCAAGAGGGUCGAGGACGUGGCCAAGCGGAACGAGUACCGCAAGGCGCACGGCAUGGAGCCCGCUUCAGGGUUAUCAUUCUGGGGGAGCAAAGCUGAGGAGAAGCCGGCCGAGGCGGUGGCCGUUCCUGUAGAUGCCGCUCCGAUGGUCGAGUCUUCGGAGCUCGGGGCAAGCCCGGCUGCCGAGUUCGGUGCUGAUGGGAAGCGGAAGAAGUUCCUCGGCAUCUUCUGA